AUGUGUGGCUCCACAAUUGAGUCUGCAGCAGCUGGGAAAUUAUUCCAAGCUCUUGGCCCAGUGUCUCAGCAACAUGAUCUGAGGAUGGCAACCAGGGCACUUUGGGGCAGCCUGGGCCUGUUCCGUGUGGUGUGGUGUCUCCUUCCACAGACAGGCUAUGUGCACCCAGAUGAGUUCUUCCAGUCACCUGAGGUCAUGGCAGAAGACAUCUUGGGCAUGGAGGCCGCAAGGCCCUGGGAGUUUGGCCCCAGCAGCUCCUGCCGCACGGUGGUCUUCCCACUGCUGACCUCUGGCUCUGCCUUCUGGCUGCUCAGGCUCUGGGAAGAGUUGGGCCUUUGGCCUUCCCCGGUGAGUGGCUACAUGCUGCUGGUGGGGCCCCGGCUCCUGCUCACCAUCCUCUCCUUUGCCCUGGACGGGGCUGUGUACCACCUGGCCCCCCUGUGGGGGGCAGAUCGCUGGAACGCUCUGGUCCUCCUUGCUGGUUCCUACGUCACCCUGGUCUUCUACACAAGGACCUUCUCCAAUACCAUUGAGGGACUGCUCUUCGCGUGGCUGCUAGUUCUUGUAUCCUCCCGCGUAGCUGGGAGCCCCGCACACAAGCAGCGUGCUCCAGGCCACUGGUGGGACAGGUGGCUUCUUGGGGGUGUUGUGGCUGCUGGCUUCUUCAACCGGCCCACUUUUCUGGCUUUUGCUUUGGUCCCCCUCUUCUUCUGGGGCAUUGGUGGAGCCUCCAACCUUGGCUUCAAGUCACUGGCCCAUGAGGCUUUGGCACUGCUCCCAGGGGUGGUCCUCACUGCAGCGGGAUUUGUGGCCACAGACAGCUGGUACUUUUCCAGCCCAUCUAGAGCUAGUGCAUUGGUUCUGACACCUGCCAACUUCCUGCACUACAACCUGGACCCCCAGAACCUGGCAAGGCAUGGCACGCAUGUGCGGCUUACCCACCUGGUGGUCAAUGGCUUCCUGCUUUUUGGGCUGCUGCAUGCCCAGGCCCUGCAGGCUAUGUGGAAGCAGCUGCAAGCCUGGUCCUGGGCCUUUGUACAAAUGGGCUUCCUGAGGGCACUGGGUGCCCAGAGCCUGCUGUCCAGCCCCAGGUCUUAUCUCCUUCUCCUGUACUUCACACCACUGGCUCUGCUGUCAGCCUUUAGCCACCAGGAGGCUCGGUUCCUGAUUCCUCUUCUGGUACCCCUGGUCCUGCUUUGUAGUUCUCGGACCCAGCCUGUGCCCUGGAAGGGCGCCCUGAUCCUCUUCAAUGUGCUGGGGGCCCUCUUCUUUGGCUGCUUGCAUCAGGGGGGCCUAGUACCCAGCCUGGGGCAUCUGGAGCAGGUAGUCCAUGCACCUGUGCUCUCGAGAGUACCUACCCAUUUCACACUGCUCUUUGCCCAUACCUACAUGCCCCCCCGGCACCUCCUGCGCCUCCCAGGCCUGGGGUCACCUGUAAAGGUGGUAGACAUGGCUGGGACGGAGGACUGGGUCCUGUGCCAAGCCCUGAACAACUUCACCAGCCAGCCUGCCUGCCAGGCAGCUGGUGGGCCGUGGCACUGCCGCCUCUUUGUGGUGACCCCUGGCACCACCAGAUCUGCCAUGGAGAAGUGUGGCUUCCCCCUCAAGAAUGAGAUGCUUGUGUUUCCCCACUUGACCAUGGAGGAUCCACCAUCCCUGUCCUCCCUGCUGAGUAGGGCAUGGAGGGACUACCUCAGCCUUCACAUUGUGGAGCUAGGGGAGAAGCCUGACACUGUGACAGGGAAGCCGCUGCCCACAAUUCAGCCAUAG